AUGGCUCUCGAUACUUUAAAUCGUAAACUAGCUGUUUGUGCUGCUGUUUUUGCUGGUAUUGGUGUAGUUAUGGCUGUUAUAUCAAUGGCAACAAAUUACUGGACAAUUGGUUUUGACUAUGAAAAUGGCAAUCGUAUGGUAAAGAAGGCGCAUUGGUCAGGUUUAUUUUAUUCAUGUACAGCAGCACAGUGUAACUUUGGUUAUUUACCAUCAUCAAUUUCAACAUUUGUUUUAUGUUUAAUCGGUUCGCUAUUCAUGCUAGCUGGUGCUAUAUUUAGUGGUUUAAUGAUGGGAUUCCUUAAUUUUCCACGUAUUCGUUAUUUUCUUGCACCAUUAUUUCUUUUUAUUGCCUGUGUAUUUAUAACAGCUGGUCUUUUCGAUUUUGCAAGCAGUUCACGUAUCAAUAGUCAUUCAUCGCGAUUAAUGAUUGCUACGAUUGUUUUUGGUUAUUGUGCAUUGGCUAUUGCAUCUUUCGUUGCAGGACGAUAUACAAUUCUAACACGAAAUCCAAAACAAUAUCAACAAACUGGUGCUGAACAAGAACGCCAUCCACUCGGUUAUAUUCAUUUUGAAAUUCGAACAGCCAAUGAACAAGGUGCUGGUACAGACUCAAAUAUUUAUGCGUCACUGAUUGCUGAAUAUGGUAAUCAUACACGUCGUUUAUUGACAGCCACAGGUGUAAUUAAUCAAUUUGAACGUAAUUCAAUUAAUACAGUCGUAUGGCGUAAAAUAGAAAAUUUGGGAAAAAUUAAAAAUAUUGAACUUUACAAUGAUGGUAAAUGGGGUGGUUCAGCAUGGCGUCCAACAUGUAUUUACAUUAGCUGUAGUGGAACAGUUAACAUUACUCAAUGGCUUAAUGGAGGAGACACAUAUACGUUUCCAGUUGAUGAAAAUCCUGAUCAAGUUUGUUAUUAG